CCGGUGGGGGGUCGACUGAAAUAAUGAACUUCAUGAAGAUUGAAGCCAUUUCAGGGCCAUCUGGGGCUUGCGAGGUCACAUGCCUCGCACUCGUUGCCGUUCUCGACUUGAACCCCCUUUCUUGCCUUCUCUCUCGCAUCCGUCCAAGAUCCAUCCAUCAUCCAUCCAUCAUUCAUCCACACGCCCCCUCGAUCCCUGCGUCAUGCCAUCCAGACACAUGGUCUCGAAUCCGUCCUCGCGGCUUGUCGGCGAAUAUUCCACUCUGCCUCCUCAUCCCCAGCCGAGGUCAGCGCCGUCGAUCCGUGGGGCCCCAGGCUGCCGCUAAUCUAAUGAGAAUGUCAGAAUAAUAUGACCCAUUUAUGAGACGGGGAAUAUUAGAAUUGGUUCUCUCCCCCUCCCCCUUUACCCCGGAUUCUCAUUCCCUCGGUUUAUCUCGUCCGCGAUUUGUCUAUCAUGGACCAGUUGCUGCUACUCGUGGCCUUCUCUCUGCUCGAAGGGUACCUCCUGCAACGAUCGAUCUUUCUCGAUGUUGCAUUUCGCACCCUCUGUCUGGCAUCCUUCGGCCUGAACCUGGUCCUCCUGGGGAUCUGGAAUGUCCUCAUCUACCCCAUUUUCGUGACGCCUUUGCGCCAUCUGCCGACGCUCGGCGGCAACCUCAAUCACUUCCGCAUUCUCCUCGACGAGCCACGCGGUCGCCUACCGCUGGAAUGGAUGAAAACCAUCCCCAAUGAGGGCCUCAUUCAUUUCCGCGACUUUCUGAACCGCAGCCACCUGCUGGUCACUAACCAUCAGGCCCUGCUGGACAUCAUGAGCACGCACACCUACGACUUCGAGAAGCCUUGGCGCGCCCGCGACUUCCUAGCUCGCAUCAUUGGCUUUGGCCUGAUCCUGUCUGAAGGUGGUACCCAUAAGAAGCAACGCAAGGCGCUGACCCCCUCGUUCCAUGUCAAGAAUAUUCGCGCCCUGUAUUCGCUGAUGUGGGAGAAGACGGGCUUGCUGAUGGACGAGCUGGAGAAAGAAAUGCGACUGAGCCCGAUGGAGGGGGCUAUGUCCGACCGUGAGGGGAAGAUUGAGAUGAGCGUGUGGGCCAGUCGUCUCACUCUCGACAUCAUUGGCCCCGCCGCCAUGGGUCGCGAUUUCCGCUCCCUGCAGAACCCUGAGAAUAAGGUCGCCGACAGCUUCUUGGCCAUCCUGGAACCCACUACGGAGAAGAUGGUCUUCCUGGCCGUCAACUUCGUGCUGCCGCAGUGGUUCGCCCGCCAUAUUCCUUGGCACCCGAAUCGCGUCGUCGAUCAUGAAGUUGGGUUCUUGCGCAAUCUCUGCAAGGAUAUCGUGCAUGAGAAGCGCGCCGCUAUGACAGCCAGCAGCACCACAGCCAAGGAGCUCGAAGCUGAUAUCCUGGGCUCAAUGAUGCUGGGUGGCGAUUUUACGGACGAAGAGCUGGUCGAUCAGAUGCUGACAUUUUUGGCAGCGGGGCACGAAACCACUGCCAGUGCCUUCACCUGGGCCUGCUAUCUGCUCACCCUGCACCCGGAAAUUCAAGACCGCCUUCGCGAGGAGAUCCGCCAAAGGAUUCGCUCGGGAUCCCACCCCAUCACCUGGUCGGAUUUGGAGUCUAUGCCCCUGCUCAACGGCGUCUGCCAGGAAGUUCUGCGCCUGUACCCGACGGUCCCGGUGACGCUGCGCGAAUCAAUCCGCGACAGCACUCUGGCGGGAAAACACGUUCCGAAGGGUACGCGUAUCAUCCUCUGCCCCUACGCCAUCAACCGGUCGCCGGAGUUCUGGGGCGACGACGGCGAGACUUUUCGGCCCGAGCGCUGGAUCGAUACGGACAAGAAUGGACAGGCCAUCGUCAAUCAUACGGGCGGCGCCUCAACCAACUUCGCCCAAAUCACCUUCUUGCAUGGCCAGCGCGCGUGUAUUGGAAAGGACUUUGCGCGCGCGGAGCUGCGCUGCGCGGUGGCCGGCGUUGUUGGCCGGUUUCAGUUUGAGAUGCAGGAUCCCAAGCAAAAGAUUCAUAUUGCCGGUGCCGUGACUACGAAGCCCGUCGAGGGGAUGCAUUUGAGAAUGAGAAGAGUGGAUGGUUGGUGAGGUUUGUCUUUUCGAUUCUACUUGAUGGCAUGUUAUGAUGGAUUUGUAUAAUGACUAUAUGACUUUUUCGGCUGGGUAAUGUAAUAGUUCAAUUUGAU